GCGUUAGUCCAAAUAAAUAGUAACAGUUCACAUUUGGUUAUAAACAUUUUGAAAUCGAUAGAUUUUAAUUCGAAAAUAUUCGCCUUUUGAAUCGGAAGCAACACUGUGGAUGCAACAGUGUGCCAACAGCGUGGAUAUCAAGGUCCUUCUAUAUCUAAGAAAACAAAAAAUGGCUUCACCUACGCAACACCCGGCUUCACGUACAAUAAUUGCCUUGAUUGGUAUCGCAGCAAUAUUUGGUAAUGGACUCGUUCUCUGGGUUUUCUUCCGACGACGAAAAAAAUCAGUAAAAACGGCCUUCGAUAUAUUCAUCAUCAACUUGGCUGUCUCAGACUUCCUCGCUGGAAUAUUCAUUCUCUUCGGUCGCUUCGUUUUUCAGCCUCCGAUCCCAGAAAAUUACUCAAACGCAAUGACGUAUUGUUAUCUAUUAUGGGGAGGUUUUCUCUUAUUCGGUUGUGGGUAUGUGUCCAUAUACACAUGCUUGGUUUUGACGAUCGAGCGUUGGUUGGCGAUAGUGAAGCCUCAUUUCUAUCGAAGAAUUAAAGCCAAACAUGCCAUGGUUACUAUCACUUUUGUCUGGGCCUGGGCUUUUCUUAUUAACGCCACAGUGUUCUUCAGUGUAAAGGCUGACUUUGAUCGAAGAGCAUGUUACUGGUUAGACCCAAAAGCCGGAAGGGCUUUCUUCGCAUUUGUUGAAAUCAGCAUGUCCAGCGUCUUGCCUUUCGCAAUUAUCAUCUUCCUCUACCUCCACAUUUACUACAAAGUUCGUAGAAUGAAAAAUUUAAGAAAAAACAACGAAGAUUUCAAAAGAAGACUCACGAUCAUCGCGUUGGCUGCGUCAAUCGCUCUAAUUGUUGGAUGGUUGCCAACCAAAAUCAGUUUCAUGUUGCGGUAUACAAGCGUUGGUGGAAAACAUCUUGGAGGAGCUGCUCAUUUGGUCUUUAUAAUGCUCUCGCUGAGUAAUAGUUUUAUUAACCCAGUUCUCUAUGGACUGUACAGCUCAAAGUUUAGAGAUGAGUACAAAGGAGUGCUCAAUGAUAUUCUGUGCAUGUUGCCAAAAUGCAAAAAUGAAGAGGAAGGGAUUACGGAAGAGACUAGCGACACUUAGACCAACACUGAAUCGUACUUGUGCAAGUUUUAUUAAAACUUUUUGAACUUAUUGAAACCCUAGUGUGAAUCUUGUAUUAGGGACAUUGGCUGGCAGGAAUAGUUCAAACGAACUUUCCUUUUGUCCUCUUUAUAUAGCAUUCUUACCAAUUUCAAUACGUAUAAAAGCAUGAUAUUCCGUCGCUUAAAUGUAUUUUUGACAGGUCAUAAUAAGCAUAUCAGUUGCCUCGCGGAAAAGCACGCAAUUCGGCGGGCUUUCAUUAGCAUCAUGACAGAAGCAUUUCCACUCGAGGUUACUGAUGGGAUAAACUGUCAAACUCAAUAUUUCUAGAAUUCUAUCAUUCUUUUAGUGCUCACAUUGAACAUUUUACUAUUGUCAUUGACAAGUGACACUUAACGCAGUAACUUAACUUAAUGCAGAAAUAGCUGUACAGCUUGUAUUUGUAUAUACGGGAAUUCUUACCCAGGGCUGCUUUCUACUGUUGCAGUUUUCAUACGCAAGUACACGCGCGUAAAAGUCAAAAUCCUUAUAUACGUCAUAUUUGAGAAAGCUAGGAGAAUAAAUCGAAAGAACUUAGUUUUCCGCAUAUUUUAGUAUGCAUUUGUUGACCAUUAAUCACCGUUAAAGCAUUUAUAUUUCUCCGCCCGUAAAAAAACGUGACAGUGGAAAGCAACCCAUACAGUGAUACAAAUGUAAUGAUGUAAAUAUACCUUGAAUCUAAGGGGCGAGGAACUAUAUUUAUAAAUAGAGAAGGACACUGAUGGAAAAAGACACUUUCUCGUGUGGUAAUCAUGCACGUCAAUUAUUGACAGCGUAAUAGUUCUAAACACAUUUUGAUGUUCUCAAAAUAGAAAGGGGGCAAAUGAAUGCGCCAAAAUACUUCUACCCGGCCCGGUUGCGGGCUCUUGAAUAAAUAAAUAUACAUAGUUAAUGCAGGGUUAUGUAAAAUCAUAUUUUCUUCUAUUAC